UCUGUACAGACUUUUCCUGCCCAAAGAACAUUGUCUUCCACUUCUUCGCUGCCCACCGCCGCGCCGACCUCCGCUACACCAUCCUCACAACCUUCCCUUACCUCACCUUCUGCCUCUAUCACUUCGACACCAACCUCGUCCAAGGCAAGAUCUCCGGCUCCAUCCACCGUCUUCUCAGCCUUUUCCGACGGGGAAGAGUCUUUUUACGGCGAACCCACAGAAGAGGAAGAACUCUUCUCAAUCUCCGGCGCGGUUGCGUCAGGCACAUCGGCUGUCUUUUCGAUGGACUGGCGACCCAAUUUCUCUCUCUUCUUGGACUUUUCGCCGUUGGCCAAGUGUUCCUCGAAGGCCUCAAUCGCUUAGUGGAUGAGCUCACGGUUCGGCGACGAGUCCCACUGGAACCAGUAGCUCGUGUAGCAGUCGAAACAACUACAAUCGAAGACCGGAGGCUUGUGGGCGUCGGAUUUCUUGGUUGAUUUCUUCUUCUUGUCGUCGGCGCCGAUCGAAGACGGGUUUGAGGCGGACAUCAUCAUUGACCUAGUAAUUAUGUAGGCCAGGACUUCCCGGUCCUCCAGAGAGAGAAUCGAAGCUAGAGCGAGAAUCGUAGUGGGGAGGAGCUUCAACACAGAGAAGCAUUUCUGUUUGCCGCCGAGUGAGAGGGCACGAAUGAAGAAGAUGGAGAUAGUGGUGUUGCCGGCGGUUGCGAUGGUGGUGGAGGAGGACUGGUGGUGAGGAUGGUUUUGGUAUAUUAUAUUCGUAUAUGGUAAGUAUGUAUAUUGUUUGUAGUAUUCGUACAUGGUAAAAAAAAGUAAGGUUUCAAAGUUACUGCUGGCACUUCGUCAUAGCUGACAAGGCAAUGACAUGGCGAAGUAGGCUGACGUGACUUCAUCCCAGCCGUUGCAUCUGCCAUGAACACCCUCCAAUGAGAGGUGCCAUGGAGAGGAUUACUGCCCUCGUUCGUUGGCAUAUACUGAAGAAGCGAAACAGGUGAGGGAUCUAUUGAGACGGAUAUUGUUGUUCCAUCGACUCAGAUCGAAAAUGGCAUUGAGGCAAAUCAUGUCCUUUCACAGAACACUCGAAAAACCUUCCAAUUUGGUUCCUGGGUUCGCAAGUUUUUCUUCCAAACCCAAUCCGUUCGCAAGUUUUUCUUCCAAACCCAAUCCUUACAUAGUGAAAGUUGGAAUACCAGAAUUUUUGAAUGGAGUGGGAAAAGGGGUCGAAACCUAUGUUGAAAAGCUCGAAACUGAGAUUGGUGACUUCCAGAAGCUGCUUUUCUCACGCACUCUCAAGCUCAAGAAGUUGGGCAUCCCAUGUAAACAUAGGAAACUGAUACUGAAAUAUGCUCACAAGUAUAGGCUGGGGCUUUGGAGACCUCGAGCGCAGCCUGUGGAAUCUUAAACGGCCACUGGACUAACACUAAUGUUAUAAUAUUGGGCUGCUGCAAAAUGUGACUAAUGAAACCUCUCUAUAAAUUAUCCUUUUUUGUGUUAUCUCUAUAAAUUAUCCUUUUUUGUGUUAUCUUUACAAUCCCAUUGACAAGAUUUCAUGGAUGAGAUUGAAAUAUCUAAUGCAUGAUUUUUUAUUUUU